UUCUGUCAAUGAUUAAUUGUCAUUGAUUAAUUUUCAGAACACAAUGACGUACAGCUUUCAAUUUAAUACGGAGAACGGUUACCUUGAAGGACUAACGCGGGGCUUUAAGAAUGGAAUGCUUAGACAGUCGGACUAUCUGAAUCUCACACAAUGCGAAAAUUUGGAUGACAUUAAACUAAAUAUUCAGGGCACUGAAUAUGGUAAUAUAUUUGUUCAAGAUCAAUCUACGACUCGUGUGGAUUUGAUUGAGAAGCGUAUGCGUGAGAAACUAUUGGUGGAAUAUAGCUAUAUACGGGAUCAUAGCACAGAACCUUUAUCCACAUUUCUCGAGUAUUUACGCUAUCCCCAUAUGAUCGAUAAUGUUUGCUUGCUGGUCUCUGGACUUAACAAUAGACGACCCAUAAGAAAACUGCUUGCAAUGUGCCAUCCCCUGGGACUCUUUGAUCAACUGGCAGCCAUUAAUGUGGCUGUCAAUUCAUAUGAGCUUUUUAAUGCCAUAUUGAUUGAUACUCCUCUGGCCAAAUACAUACCGAACAGCUAUGAUGAGGACUCUUUUCACCACAUUGAUGUAGAGAUUCUUCGCGGCACUCUGAAUAGAGCUUAUCUGGAAGAUUUUUACAGUUAUUGCAAGAAUCUGGGCGGCACCACAGCAGAUGUUAUGUGCAAUCUCCUGGCCUUUGAGGCCGAUCGUCGAGCCAUCAUUAUUGCAGUGAAUGCCCUUAAUAGCGACUUGACUCCGAGAGCGCGUCUAAAGCUUUUCCCAACUUGUGGCAAUAUUUCUCCUGAUGGUCUGGUGGCUCUAUCAAAUGCCAUGGACUAUGAUGCUGUAAAACAAGCUUGCAGUUUCUUUCUCGAAUAUAGUCAAAUGUUUGAAAAUAUCGAAAGGGAUACUGAUGGUCUGAUCACUCUAGAGGAUCGCUUCCUAAUGCUGGAGGCCAAAAAGCAUGUUCAUUCGUUCUUGCAGCAAUUUCAUUUCGGUGUCUUCUACUCCUACAUCAAAUUGAAGCAAUUGGAAUUACGUAAUGUCAUUUGGAUAUGUGAAUGUGUUUCGCAACGUCAACUGGAUAAAGUGAAUGCCUAUAUUCCGAUACCCUUGGACUCUUGAGGUUUUCAUAUUUUCUGCAUUAAUUUGUAAAUUUUAAUCAAUGUAAAGUAGGGGGUAUAAAUUCAAAUUAUGAUAUUGUAUUGUCGAAUGCGUAAAAACAUAAUGUUCUACUCUCUUUAACAAUAUAUACACUUUAAUUAUACCCUGCAAAAAGGGUAUCUUAA